GAAUGUAAUCGAAGAUGCUGGCCCUGAGGCUGCUCAAUGUGGUGGCCCCCGCCUAUUUCCUGUGCAUCUCCCUGGUGACCUUCGCGCUCCAGCUCUUCCUCUUCCUGCCCAGCAUGCGCGAGGACCCGGCGGCCGCGCGGCUCUGCUCGCCGGCGCUGCUCCACGGGGCGCUCUUCCUGUUCCUCUCGACCAACGCCCUGGGCAACUACGUCCUGGUCAUCCAGAACUCGCCCGACGACCUGGACGCCUGCCAGGGGGCCUCGGCCAGGAAGGCUCUGUGCCCCCCGCCCAGCACCCACUUCUGCCGAGUGUGCGCCAGAGUCACCCUGAGGCACGACCACCACUGUUUCUUCACCGGCAACUGCAUUGGCAGCAGGAACAUGCGCAACUUCGUCCUGUUCUGCCUCUACACCUCCCUGGCCUGCCUCUACUCCAUGGUGGCGGGCGUGGCCUACAUCUCGGCAGUCCUCUCCAUCUCCUUCGCGCACCCACUGGCCUUCCUCACGCUCCUUCCCACCUCCAUCAGCCAGUUCUUCUCUGGAGCUGUCCUCGGUUCUGAAAUGUUCGUCAUCCUCAUGCUCUACCUCUGGUUUGCCGUCGGCCUGGCCUGCGCCGGCUUCUGCUGCCAUCAGCUGCUGUUGAUCCUCCGGGGGCAGACCCGCCACCAGGUGCGCAAGGGGGUAGCGGUGAGGGCCGGGCCCUGGCGCAAGAACUUGCAGGAGGUGUUCGGGAAGCGGUGGCUGCUGGGCCUGCUGGUCCCCAUGUUCAACGUCGGAAGUGAGAGCUCCAAGCAGCGGGACAAGUAGGCGCGCCAUCAUUUCUCUCUGUGUCUUGACUCCUCCUGAACACGAGACCAUGGCACCCUUGUCCCCACCCAUGACCCACUGCAACUUGGAUGGGUAAUGUCCUAGCACCCAGCCCUGGUCUGUGACACAGAAAACAGCAUUGGCUGGUGGAUCGACGACAAGGAGGAAAAAAUGGCCACCCAGGCAUUGUUCCACUCUCCAUGGGCCGGCCAG